CUGGCAUUGUUCACCUCGGGCUCUGUAUAUACAACAGGGGCUGGUAUUGCCAAGGAAUGCGACGUGUUUUCCCUGGGAUUUCCAUGUGGAAUGUCAUGUAUUUCCUUCGGAUCUCCUCUCCCGGAAUGAAGCGGAAGUGAAUGUGGAGGGAGAGGGGAGGUCACUGCUCUUGGACCUGUAGGCAGGGGAACACACUGCGAACUGCUCAGAUGGAAGCAGGUUUCUGUGCUAUUUCUUCUCUUAGAGCCUGCACUGUGGGAAAGGCUGAAGCCACAUCAAAACUGACACUUCCUCAAAUAAAAAGCCAUUAUUCUUUGCACACAGGAAUCCUCUCUUAGCCUGAACAUCCAGUGCAGUGCCUUACACUGGGGUGUUCUCAGUGCGGCACGCGGUCAGCUCUCCAGCCCAGGUAACCAGCACGGCCUCUUCUAGCAUCCCUUUGGCAUGGAAGAAGCGCUGGUUCGUCCUGCGCAGCGGUCGGAUGAGUGGCGACCCUGAUGUCCUGGAGUACUACAAAAAUGACCACUCCAAGAAACCCUUGCGUGUCAUCAACCUCAACUUCUGUGAACAAGUGGACGCAGGCCUGACCUUCAACAAGAAGGAGCUGCAAGACAGCUACAUCUUCGACAUCAAGACCAGCGACAGAACCUUCUACCUGGUGGCUGAGACGGAGGAUGACAUGAACAAGUGGGUUCGCAGCAUCUGCCAGAUCUGUGGCUUCAACCAGUCCGAGGAGAACACAGACACCCUGAGGAGCCUGGCCUCCAUGAACCACGCACCGCGGUCCUCGCCGGCAGAGCUCAGCAGUGCCAGCCACCACCUCCUGCGGGAGCGCAAGUCCUCGGCACCAUCCCACUCCAGCCAGCCCACCCUGUUCACCUUCGACUCGCCCGCCGGCCACCUCCAGAGCACCCUGUCAGCCAGUGCCCCCCAAGACUACCUGUUCCUCCACCAGUGUAUGAGCAGGAAGUCGGAGAACGCAAGGAGCGCCAGCUUCUCCCAAGCCACGAGAUCUGCCUUCUUCAUGCGGAGCGACACGGCGGUCCAGAAGCUCUCCCAGGGCAACGGGCACUGUGUGAACGGGGUUGGAGGGCAGCUCCAUGGCUUUUACAGCCUGCCUAAACCCAGCCGGCACAACUCGGAGUUCAGGGACAGUGCGUACGACCUCCCGCGCUCCUUCGGCUCCUACACGCACCCCAAGUCGAGCCUCACCAGCUCCGAAACGGAUAACGAAGAGGUCUACACCUUCAAGACUCCCAACAACACCUUAUGCAAGGAGUUUGGGGAGCUCUCCACAGACUCCUAUGACAUCCCUACCACCCCGCAUUCCGUCUACCAGAUCCCCAGGACAUUUACACUGGACAAGAACCAUAACGCUCUGGCCGUGGGCGCCAGCGACUCGCCCACUGCACCCCCUCCACGACCCCCAAAACCUGGGCAGAUGGAGCCACGGUGGGGCAGCCCACCCCAGCAGCCCCAGCCUGGUGACAGCUUAGGGCUGGUCCCCAUGGCAGCCACCAUUCCCAGGAGAAACACGCUGCCAGCGGUGGAGAACAGCAGGUUACACCGAGCUUCUUCUUGUGAGACGUACGAAUACCCCCAGCACGGAGGCAGCAGCGCUGUGCAGUCCGUCGAGUCGAUGAACGAUGGGUACAACUCCUACCUGCAAGCCAAGGCAGCGGUGGGCCGCUCCCACAGCACUGACUCUGAGGACAACUACGUCCCCAUGAACCCCGGUUCCUCACCCCUGAUCCACACCGAGAAAGCCAACGACAAUGCCCAAAAUCUGUACAUCCCCAUGAGCCCUGGGCCGCAUCACUUUGACCUGGUGGGCUUGUCCUCGGCCACCCUCCCCGUGCAUAAAGGAGCCAUGGUGCAGUGCCACAGGCGGCUGAGUGAGAUCCAGCCCCCGCCAGUCAACCGCAACCUCAAACCCGAUCGGAAAGCAAAGCCAUCACCAUUGGACCUGAGGAACAACACUGUCAUCGAUGAACUUCCCUUCAAAUCACCAGUCACAAAAUCCUGGUCCAGGCCAACCCAGACCUUCAACGCCGGCUCUUUGCAAUACUGUCGCCCUGUCUCCUCCCAGAGCAUCACCAGCACUGACUCGGGAGACAGCGAGGAGAACUACGUGGCGAUGCAAAACCCCAUUUCUGCUUCUCCUGUUCCUAGUGGCACCAACAGCCCAGCGCCUAAAAAGAGCUCGGGGAGUGUGGAUUAUCUGGCCCUGGACUUCCAGCCAAGCUCACCAGGGCCACACAGAAAGCCCUCCACCUCAUCGGUUGCCUCGGAUGAGAAGGUUGACUACGUGCAAGUGGACAAGGAGAAGACACAGGCGCUGCAGAGCACCAUGCAGGAGUGGACUGAUGUGCGGCAGUCCUCAGAGCCCGCCAAGAGCACGAAGCAGUAGCGCCUGGGACAGGCAGUGAAGCAGGCAAAUCCCAGCUGUGCUUGGGCUGGAUUCCUAAGACUUACCUGCAGAGGGGAGGGGAUCUCCAUUGUUUAUUGGUUUUCUUUUUAAGAUGAAAAGAAACUUAAUUUCAGGGGCAGAUUUGGCAGAUACUGUUUGCCAGUGAUAAAGACCAACUACAUUCGGUGGCUAGGUUUGUGCUUUAGCUGUUGGAUGCACUAUCCAGGAACUUCGACUUAGCAAUACCAGGUUUCACCUUACACAUCUUUUGCUUGCAGCUAUUAAAGCCACCUUGUACGUGCUAACACUGCAUUAUCUCUCCCAGUCUUCUUCCAUGCCAUGCAGGUUUGCAGCAUCUCUCAUUCCCCAGCUCUGAUUCCCCACUCAUUAUGGUUGCCCUUCUCUCUGCCUCCUCCCAGUCCCAAAACUAAGCAAGGACCAUUCCUUUUGAAA